AUGUACAAAUCAUUGGAAUCGGAAGGUUACACCUCGAAAGGUUCCCCUUUGUCAACAGUUCAUUGUUUAAACUGUUUAUCUGUGAAAAAAAAUGCACAUUAUCCAUCGUUGAUUCCAUUUAAUGGAUUUAAGAGUGACCCGAUUUAUUCAACAAAAGUUAAAUUUGACAAGAACACUGCUCAAUAUUUAUUCCCAGUCAAUGACGUGAAAGGACAUUUGUGUUCAAUAAGUUGGAACAAAUUAUUUGGUGCGUGCCGAUGUGGUUUUUUAACAAAUAAUCACAAAGAUUCAGAUCGUUUUGUCUGGAGACGAGCUGUUAGUUGUUUAAUAUUUGAUAAUGAUAAUGUUAUUGGUCAGAGGGCAAACUGUGAAGAAGAAAAUUUAAUUGAAGUUGCCGCUUAUGCGUAUGACAAUAGUUUGAAACCAUUUGAAAAUGAAGGUACAUUACUGAAAGAAUUUUCCACAAAGCUCCAAGUUGAAACGUGGUAUACAUUUACGUUAAAGUUUGAACUAAGUAAAACAACAUAUGAAAUAUACAACGAAAAUAAUGAAUUGUUGGAUAGUCAAGAAAUCAUACACAGAUCAUGCAACAACUAUAAUCAAGGAAUGAAGCAAACAUUGUAUUUUGGAGGCCAAUGUCCAGCGCCACAAGAAGUUUCUGUUUGCUACGAGGCCGUAAAUUAA